AAGCAGAUGCCCGGGCUCUGUAGUCGGGUCUGUUUUAAGAUAAUGGCUGUAUUGUUCAGUGUUAACACUGUUGUAUGUGAGAGAUGUUGGUGAGGACUGGAUCACUUGUAGGUGAUCUGGAUUAUUAUUCUUCUCAGGACAGAAACUCUCUCUCCUCCCUCUGCCAGGAUAAAGAACUGUGAACAUUUGAUCCAGCUCGGUCCUUCACUCACUCGUCUUCAUCAAAUCAAGAUGAGAACGUUAUUGUUGUUGCUUCUCUUCUGUCACGUUUCAUCGCCAGUGCUACACUCCCUGACGUUUUUCACAACUCUAUCAACUGGAAUCCCAAACCUCCCAGGAUUUUUGGUGACACUAGAAAUUGACGAACUUCUGUUGGGGUCAUGUGACAGCAACAAAAAGGUGGAAGUAAAACUGGACAUUGCUAAAUCAUACUGCAGAGAGAAUCCUGAGCAGUUGGAGUGGUACAGACAACAGUGUUUCCACUUUUUGCCAACCUCCAUCAAAGCCUACACAAACAUUUUGAUGCGUCUCUUCAACCAAACUGGAGGUGACCAUGUUGUACAGGUGUUGGGAGGCUGUGAGUGGGAUGAAGAGACUGAAGAGGUCAAAGGUUUCGCUCAGAUUGGUUAUGAUGGAGAAGACUUCAUGAAAUUGAAUGGGGAUACAUUUACAUGGAUCGCUCAAAGACCUGAGGCUUUCCCCGCAGAGUUAUUAUUGGACGCCAAUAAAGAAUUAGGAACAGAAAUUAAGAUAGUUUUGACUCAGAUUUUUCCUGAGCAGCUGAAGAAGUAUGUGGACUAUGGGAGGAGCUUUCUGCUGAGAAAAGAGCUUCCCUCAGUGUCUCUCCUCCAGAAGACUCCCUCCUCUCCAGUCAGCUGCCUCGCUACAGGUUUCUACCCUCACAGAGCCUCACUCGUCUGGAGGAAAGAUGGAGAGGAGCUUCAUGAGGAGGUGGACCACGGAGAGAUCCUCCCCAACCACGAUGGAACCUUCCAGAUGAGUGUUGACCUGAACCUUUCAUCAGUCACACCUGAAGACUGGACCAGGUACGACUGUGUGUUUCAGCUCGCUGGUGUGAAGGAGGAAAUCAUCACCAGACUGGAGAAAGAUCGGAUCAGAACCAACGAAGUGAAGCCCAGUAACAUGACCGUCCUCGUCACUGCUGCAGUGGUUGUUCUUGCUCUCAUUCUCAUCGGUGCUGCUGGAUUCAUCGUUUACAAAAAGAAGAAAGCCAUCAGCCCUCCAUCUUCAGCUCCUGACAACAGCACAGAGCUCUCUGAGCAGCUGAAUCCAGAGACCUGAAUGACAAACACACUC